GAAAAAUUGAAAAAAACGACAAAUUAUAUUUGAUGAAUAAACCAAAAGCGGGCCAAAUAUAACAAAACUUUGUUGCACAACCUUGCAGGGGGAUCUUUUGGUUAAUUUUGCGCCUUCCUUCAAAACUGUUGGUAAGAUUUUACAGGGUAGCGGCGAUGCGCGGGUUGCUGCGGUUUUAAGUAUCAGAUUGUGUUAACAUCAGCUGGCUCCUUCUCCAUGUUUUUCUAAAGACGCGGCAAGUUUUCGGAACAAACUCAGGGCAGGCACGAUAGCAUGAUGCGGGAUAGGAAAGUGCGAUUCUCGGCCAUCGAGUCUGAGACGGGUCCGAGCGGUCACAAGGGUCACUCCAUCUUAAAGAAGGAAAGCUCCGCAGUCAGCCGCGCUACCAGCUCGGACUUUGAUCCCGACAUGGGUGACUAUCAUUCGUACAGAUCCACCAGGUCAUAUGAUGAUGACGACUUCGUCACGUCCAAGAACAGGACUCUUCACCGUUUGGCCGUGGACACGUUAGACGACAAUGAUGAGAUCGCGCGAAGAUCCAGAAGACAUGAUCAGAAACUCCUAAGUGAGAUCACGAAUAAACUGAACGACUGGGAAGUUGAGAACCAGAAGCCGAGCUAUGAGGUCCGCGAACGAGUUGGGUCCAGCGUCCGCCGGAACAUAGAUGAUACAGAGAGACGCCGGGCACAACUAAAAAACCCUAUCCUCAGGCGUGCUACACACGAGAAACGAGCGUCAUCUUAUUUGGACGACACCGACGACAUCACCAUGGAGCGUCCCCGUAGCCUAAAUCUGUCCCACUUAGACAAACCCGCCGCCACCCUUCGUCAGACUUACUCCCCAUUGCGGGACUCUUCCCCGUACGCCUCUCCCUUCAAAUACUCCUCUCUGGCUGAUGAGUUUAGUACUCACAAGCCAUACGUUAGGAAAUACGGCGUGGAAUUAACAUCAAGAUCUACAGAUCUUUCGUCGUCCCCGGCCACUAGACUCGGAUCGGAGCUUAUACGUUCAGCUACGGAACACCGUCCGAAGCCGACCUAUCUCGACGACGAUGACCUUGAGGAGAUUGACGUGGAAAACCUUUUCCCGAAGCGCCGUGUCAUCUUCACCGCCCCAAGUGACGAUGAGGAUGACGAGCCCUACGUCCCUCCUCCCACCAGGACCUUGAACGGGACGCACAGUCCUGGAUCCUAUGAGUAUAACUACGAUGACUACGAGGAUGAAGAUUCCUAUCUGGUUGAAGGAGAUGUCCAUACCCGGGCUGGGGAAAUCUGUCGUCGUUAUAAUGCAGGCGAGGGACUUUAUGGUCAUAUAGAUUACCAUAAGCGUCUGUAUUCCGAUUCUGAUUAUAGCAGGGAGUAUCGUCGUUCUGAUAUCCCCUACGACGACUUUGACGCAGAGAAUGACUACGUUUCACCUCGUAGAUACAAGUUUUCGUCUGAAACUGACGAAACAUUCACGUCGCCUUACAAAUCAUACACGUCACCAGCGUUCGAUGAAGAGUACACGCCGUCUUACAAAUACAGGCCUUCAGUAGCCGCUCUCGAUUCAAAGCUCUCCAAGCUGGACACGCUGCCGCGAAGCCGGCUGGACCAGACCGAGGCAUGGAUGGCGAUGCAAUCCAAUCAUCGUGCCCUCGAGGACAGAGAACAAUGCAGCACCCUCGACCGAAUUAGAGUCAAGGCUGCACUCAUAGAAAAGACCUUACCUGCUACACCACGUCGCAAGAAGUUCUUCAGCACAGGCUCAUACACUGGUAGCUCCAACGACCAUGGGUCAAGUUGUAUCAGCCAUGUCGAUUACGAGAGCGGGUACACAUCCAAGUACGGUGGCCACAAGAGCCGCGAGACGACCAGGUCUGAUCCUAGCUUCAAGGAUCUACCGGCGUCCAUCUCUCCAGAGCCAAGGAAAGACUACAAGCCGGAGUACUAUGUCUUCAGCCCCGAGGAGGAAAGAUCGGCGCCUGCGUUUGACGACGCAGAGGAAACGUUCGUGAUCUCCGCCAAGAAGCCAACCGUUGUCAUUGACGAUGAAGAGGAUGAACCAGUCACAGUAUCCAUUAGGCCAGCUGCAGAACCACAAGUAGCCGCUGAAGUGGCCCAGUCGGCAGAGUCGGUUGUACCAUUAGAGUUAGAGGAACAUAGUCCGGAGAAAGAGGGACUAGAGGAGGAGUGAUGGGAGUUAAUCUGGCAUUGGGCAUGUAGACGUUUGAAGAAAAUAUUUGUACUAAAGGAUAUAUAUGAUGCACCCUUACCACACCCACGCAGUCACACCACCACCAGCAAGAGAAGUAGCAGUACACCUCGGAGUACGCACACAACCAACAACAGGAGAAACCCGCGCCACUAUCCAACACCCACGCCGACGAUUG